UCUCUGUCAGAGUGUUAUCAUUGAGUCAUACAUGUAAAAUUAAAAAGGGAAAGUCAUUUGAAUUCAAUCUGUAGUUUGUGUUUAAUAAAAAGCAUCCCAACUAAAGCUACAGGUGGGGGAUGCAAGUACAUGGAGACCAAAAAUAUAAUAUGAACCAAUAAAAAGAGCCCUGCAUUAAAUACUGCAGAAAUACUGACAUCACCAUGCAGUUGAAUCAAAAUCUCUAUGUCCCAGUUUAGUUUUAAAAACUAACACGAUAAGGUUCCAUGUUUUCGCAACAGUGAUCUAUUGCAUCGGAUGUGUUAUCGUGUCCUCCCCUGUGGAAACCAGAGGACAGAUGGUAAUCCUUGUUUCUGCUGGACCAUGACUGGCAAGCAAGGGAGGCACUGGAGGUCCAUGUGCAAAAGCCUGGUCCUGGGUAUCCUCCUGACCAGCUGCAUGAUCCUGCUUUACUGCCUCUCUACUCCACCGGUCCACUUCAGUCUGCCUGAAGUUCCAGUGCCUUACUCCUGUGCCCACCGUCCAUCCCAGCUCCACACCAAACCAACCACAAACAGCUCACAACAGACCUGCACUCCUAAAGUGGAUAUCAUGUUCAUGAAGACCCACAAGACGGCCAGCAGCACCUUCCUCAACAUCCUUUUCCGCUUCGGAGAGAAGCACCAGCUCAAAUUUGCCUUCCCUGACAGCAGGAAUGACUUCCUCUAUCCCUCUGUUUUCCAGCGCUCCCAGGUUAAAGACUACAGACCUGGGAUGUGCUUCAAUAUUAUCUGUAAUCACAUGCGCUUCAAUGCACUCGAAGUGGCCAAGUUGCUCCCCGUGGAUACUUCCUACAUCACUAUUCUGCGAGAUCCUGCGGAGCUUUUUGAGUCAUCCUUCCACUACUUUGGCCGGCUGGUGCCUUUCACCUGGAAAAUACCAGGAGAUGACAAGCUGACUGAGUUUCUACAUGACCCCGAUUACUACUUUGAUCCAGAGGGCUUCAACUCUUUCUACCUCAAGAAUCUGCUGUUCUUCGACUUUGGACAGGACAACACUCUGGAGCUGGAUGAUCCUCGGGUGGAAGAGGGAAUCAAGUUCAUCACUGACCGUUUUCAGCUGGUCAUGCUGGUGGAAUACUUUGAGGAAUCACUCAUCCUGCUCAAGGAUGCUCUCUGCUGGGAGAUGGAUGACCUGCUCUUCUUCAAGCUCAACGCCCGCAAGGGAUCCACUGUAUCUAAACUUACCCCAGAACUGAGGGCCAGGGCCCUUGAGUGGAAUGCUAUUGACUGGAAGCUGUACCGGCAUUUCAACCAGACCUUCUGGAAGAAAGUGGACGCAUACGGACAGAGGCGUAUGGCUGAGGAUGUGGCGGAGCUCAGGAGGAGGAAUGCGGAGAUGGCAGCCAUCUGCAUUGAGGGGGGUCACGCUGUGGAAGCUGGCAGCAUCCAAGAGACAGCCAUGCAGCCCUGGCAGCCCAUCGGAGAGAAGUCCAUAAUGGGCUACAACCUGAAGAAGAAUGUGGACAAGGUACAUCAGAAGUUGUGUCGUAAGAUGUUGAUGCCAGAGCUCCAGUACUUAACAGAGCUUGGGGUUAACCUGUGGAUCACCAAGCUGUGGGGCCAUGUCCGGGAUAUUAUUAACUGGUGACUAAGCAUGUGAGCAAGAGGGGCCAAUUCAACUCUGAAAGACUGUAAUAAGAGUAGAGAAAUGUAGAGUGAGAGGUUAGAGGUUUCUGUCACAUUUCAAUCUUGUGACCUGUCUAAUUUUUAAAAAAAUGUAUCCGCAUUGACUUGUUUGCAUUUCAAAUGUCUGUGCGCUGUAAUGUCUCUGAUGGGUGCUUGAGAAAAAAAAAAAGCUGACCUCACAAUCUACAAAUACUGAACCAGUUUACUACACAUAGCUGAGGCCUAGUAUUGUUCUCUAUGUUUUAUCAAACAUUAAAAUAUUCUUAUCAUCAGAUUUGAGUUUGUUCUAAUGGAGAAGUUCAGUGAACAAUGGAGUUCAGGACUAAUUUUACAUGUCCUUUGAUGGAAUAAAGACCAAACGUUGCCAUCCCUGCCAAACUUUUAAGAUUGGUCAAAGACACGGAUAAAAUACUUCACUUAUAACUUUAAAGUUCUAAGUGUCUAAAAUCCCUCUGAGGGGUAAAAUACAGAUGUGAAAAUUGUGAAUGUAAGUAUUACAUCCCACUUUACUGUCUAUGGAGGACAAAAUCAGCCAUAAUUUACAAAAUAGAUAAGAAAAUUAGCUUUUUAAAGGGUAGGGUCA